AUGCGCGUGAAGCCCCCAGGCCCAGUGGUGACGUCUGGUGCCAUCCGCAGCUCACCUGACUACGUCCGCGAGCCCAAGUUCUACCAGGCAGGGCAUCCUGGGCAGAGGCCGGCAGCGUGCCCGGCAGAGAAGGCCUUAUCCUGCAGCGUGCUGAGCUUCCCUGAGGGUUCCUGCCCGGCGCUGGGCCGGGAGCACCAGUCCAGCUCGCUGCUCCAUGGGGACCCGGCUGACAGGUGCCAGAGCCUCCACACCCUUGGUCCCACCAAGGGAGAGGACUUCUCCUCGGCCAACGCUCUGGGCUGCGCCAGCGACCCCCGGAUCCUGGUGGGGGGCCUGGAUGAGACAGCCACCCACGACCGCGCCCCCAAGACCUUCUCCAAUGCGACGUUGGCCUCCGGCCGCUGCAACGUCGACAACAUCGUCUCGCUGCUGAAGAGCAAGUGUGGUAACGGGCGAAUCAACCUCCACCCGGUGGUGCAGCUGAUCGACAUCAUGAAGGACCUCAACCGGCUCUCCGAGGACCUGAAGAACAGCGGCGUCCACCUGGACUGCGGCAGCCUGCGGCUCAACAACCACCCGGCCCCCGGCGAGGAGAGCCGGACGCCGGCCAGCACCGGGGACCGAGAUCUCCAGUACAGCUUCUUCUCCUCGGCCACGCUGGCCAACAGCAUUCGCAGCCCGGAGGAGAGGGUGGGACAGUGCAACGCCAAACCCGAGCCGCCCCGGCAGACUCACUCUGCCCUCUCUGAGGAGGAGAUGGAGGGGGGCAGGGAAAGUCCCCAGCUGCCAGGAUGCCAGAGCAGCGCUGCCCCAGCCUUGAAGCCACCCGGCAACCCAGACGAAGCCAGCUGCUCCGAGCCAGACACCACGGAUUACUCUGAGCUGGCUGACGCAGAUAUACUGAGCGAACUGGCCUCGCUGGGCUGUCCAGGGGCCCAGUUGCUGGAGACUCAGUCUCUGGAGCCCCAGCCCCAUCUAGAGCCGCUGCCAGAGUCGCUGGGGCUCCAGUCUUUAGAGCCCUUGUCCGAGUCUCUGGAGCUCCAGUCUCUAGAGCCCUUGUCGGAGUCUCUGGAGCUCCAGGCCCUGGAGCCCCUGUCUGAGCCUCUGGGACUCCAGGGCCUGGAUACUCUGCCCGAAUCACUGGACCCCCAGCUCUUAGACUCCCAAGCCCAGCUGCUCGAUCCCGAGGCCCAGUUACUGGACCCUCCGUCUCUAGGGCCCCUGCCCAAGUUGCUGGAGCCGCAGCCCCAGCUCAUGGCAGCCGAGCCCCUGGGGUCCCAUGCGCUCCAGCCCCGCCUCAGUAGCUGCCGGCUGGGAGAGGUGAUGAAGCGGGGCUCCUGCGCGGGGCGGGGCGCGGGGCGGGGCGGGGACGACCACCGGAAAUACGCACUGCGCAGAACAGACAAACCAAAGAUGCUCGGUCGCCGGCGGCGGGCGGGGCGGGGCCGGAGGGCGGAGGUCUCUGCCGAGAGCCGAGUCCUUCCCCUGGCCAUGCCAGCAGAGGUAGCGACGGGGCCGGCCGAACCCAGCGUAUCCAUCCUGUUGGCAGCUCCCACCCCGGAGGCCGACGACGUCCAGAAGGCAGCCCUGCAGGCCAAGAAGGGCAAAUGCCGCGGGGUGCGCAAGAUGGUGGUGAAGAUGGCCAAGAUCCCCGUCUCCUUGGGGAGGAGGAACAAGACCACCUACAAGGUCUCCUCCCUCAGCAGCAACCUGAGCGUGGAGGGCAAGGAGCUGACGGCCCGCACGUCCAUGGAGCCCACCCCGCUGCUGAAGAUGAAGAACAAUGGCCGCAAUGUGGUGGUGGUCUUCCCCCCGGGGGAGAUGCCCAUCAUCCUGAAGCGCAAACGGGGGCGGCCCCCCAAAAACCUGCUGCUGGGGCCAGGCAAGCCCAAGGAGCCCACCCCGGAGGUGAAGAAGAGGAGGAGGAGGAAGCAGAAGCUGGCCUCGCCCCAGCCCUCCUACAUCGCCGACACCAACGACAGCAAGGCUGACUACUCAGAUGUGCUGGCCAAGUUGGCCUUCCUGAACCGGCAGAGCCAGUGCUCAGGGCGCUGCUCCCCACCACGCUGCUGGACCCCCAGUGAGCCUGAGUCCAUCCACCAGGCCCCCGAUACGCAGAGCAUCUCCCACUUCCUGCACAGGGUGCAGGGCUUCCGCCGGCGCGGGGGCAAGGCGGGCGGCUUUGGCGGCCGGGGUGGGGGCCACGCUGCCCGCUCGUCCCGCUGUUCUUUCAGCGAUUUCUUCGAGGGCAUCGGGAAAAAGAAGAAGGCCCCCGCGGCCGUGCACGCCGACCCCGUCCACCCGCGCAAGAGGGGCCGGCCAGAGCCGGAUCCCGCAGGGAAGCCCAAGCGGAAGAGGCGAGCUCGCAAGAACGGGGUUCUCUUUCCAGAGCAGAACCCCAGCCAGAACUUCAGUGAUGGCACCUCGGAGUGGGCCGGGGACAAGGGGAGCCCGUGGGCGCCCCACCACGGCCACCUCUCCAGCCAGGCGAGCAGGAACUGCAGCUACCAAGGGGCAGAGUCCCGGGCGUUCCACUCCUCGGCGCUGGAGUCCAGCUCUUCCAGCCGGGCCGGCUUCUUCACCGGGAGCAACCCAUCCUCCCAGACGGAGGUCAACCAGGAGAGGCACAACCUCUUCACUGGCUACUUCCGCUCCCUGCUGGACUCGGACGACUCCUCAGACCUGCUGGACUUUGCCCUGUCGGCCUCGCGGUCCGAGUCACGGAAGUCCUCGGCCACCUACACAGCCCCGCCCAACACCGUGCCCAGCCAGCGGGGCCUGGCCUCCUACCCAGGCAGGGGCGCCAAAGUCACGCCCGCUGCCGCCGCCACCACCGAGGCACCCUUCCACGUGGUCAUGCCAAGCCGGCAGUCCUUCUCCCACAGCCGGGCAGCUGGCUACGGGGUCUCCCAGGCCGCCUCGGAUUGCCGCGGGGCCGACGCUUUCCAGAAGCUGGUGCCGCCCUCGGCCGUCUCCAGGUCGCCCACCGCUCACCCCACCGCCACCGCCAGCUACGCCCAGUACGGCAGCUACGGCUCGGGGCAGAGCGUGACGCCCUCCAGCGUGUUCCAGCCGGGAAAGCAGUACCCCGCUGCCCAAGACUGUCCCAACAACAAGGACUGCAGCUUCGCCUACGGCAGCGGGAACAGCCUCCCUUCGUCCCCCAGCAGCGCCCACAGCGCCGGCUACGCCCAGCAGACGGUGGGGCCCAGCUUGCCGCUCAGCAAGGCCUCCUUCUUCACCAGCUCCGAGCUGGGCCAGUUCUCCAGCUCCUCGCACACGCCCCUAAGGUGCGACAGCCGGGCCAGUACCGUGUCCCCCGGCGGCUACAUGGUCCCCAAAGGUUCGGCUUCUUUCCAGCCCUCGUCCGAGAACUGCCGACAGUUCCCCAGCGCUGCCCAGUGGACUUUCCGACAAGGCUAUGGUGGGCUGGACUGGAGCUCCGAGGCCUUCAGCCAGCUCUAUAACCCGGGCUUCGAGUGCCACAUCAACGAACCUAACGUCAUCCUGGACAUCUCCAACUACACCCCCCAGAAGGCCAAGCAGCAGACGGUCUCGGAGACCUUCUCCGAGUCCUCCUCCGACAGCACCCAGUUCAACCAGCCGGCCGGGUACAGGCGAGCCAACAGCGAGGCCUCGUCCAGCGAAGGCCAGUCCAGCCUGUCCAGCCUGGAGAAGCUCAUGAUGGACUGGAACGACGCCUCCUCGGCCCCGGGUUACAACUGGAAUCAAAGCGUCCUGUUCCAAAGCAGCUCCAAGCCCGGACGGGGAAGGCGGAAGAAGGUGGACAUGUUCGACGCCUCCCAUCUGAACUUCUCCUCCUCUUCCUCCUCCUCCUCGGUGUAUCCCUCCAAGAGGAGCACGGGGCCCAGGCAACCGCGGGGCUCCCGAGGGGCCUGCGCCUCCAAGAAGGAGCGGGGCACGGGGAAGGCCAAGUUCCCCACCAAAGCCCAGCAGGUCAACGCGCUGUUUCAAGAGAGCACGGACUUGGGGCUGGAUUAUUACAGCGGCGACAGCAGCAUGUCCCCGCUCCCCUCCCAGUCCCGGGGCUUCGGGCUCGGCGAGCGAGAGCCGGGCGACUACGCUGGGCCCUACUCCAUGAACCCCUCCACCCCUUCCGACGGGACCUUUGUCCAAGGCUUUCAGAGUGAUUCCCCCGGCCUGGGCCAGACGGACUUGGAGAGCAAACACUUCCCCGCCCUGCCGCACCAGCUGGCCGCCCCGGCCCAGCAGACGGUGUUCGAAGCCAGCUUGCAGAAAGUCUUCUCGCCCAACUGCUCCCCGACCCUGGCCUUCAAGGAGGACCUGCGGCCGAGUGACAUCCGCAAGCUGCCGGCCUGCGAAUCACUCAAGCACAGCAUGCCAGGGAGCGGCCUGGCCCACCCCGCGCACAUGGCCUGCCGAGACCUCCCCAUGCCUCAGCCCCUCUACGACUCCCCCAGCUGCAAAAACCCCAGCUACUGGUACUCCCCCAACUCCAGCACCAGGAGCCCCCCCUACGAAAACAAACCCGGGGCCGGCCUGCUGGUGGACUUCAUGGGGAGGGCUGAUGCCUCCUGCCUCAACCCCCACCUGAGCAACCCCAACCCCUCCAAGGGCGAGAAGGAGCCCCUCGAGAUGGCCAGGGCUCACCACCGGGGGGCGUACGCUUGCCCCUUGAUGAAUGACUUGAAUAUCUCCCCAGUACCGAGAGACUCUAUGCUGCAGCUGCAGGACAACUACAGGUACCCGAGCUUCCCGCCCCAAGGGCAUCCGAUCAUGGCCGCGGCCCAGAAGAGCGGGUUUUUGGGUCCAAUGGUAGAGCAACACCCCGAGGACACUUUUACAGUCACCUCAUUGUAGUGUCAUCUAAAGUGCCAACCGGACAACGAGGUUUUGUUACAGGAGCUAAUUUAGCCAGCACUUUUUCUGGAACACUUUUCAAGUUCUGUAUUUAACUGAGAUCGAGAACUGUUUGUUUGUUUGCUUUUCUAAAAAAAAGAGAAAAAAGAAAAAAAAAGAAAGAAAGAAAGCGGAGAAGAGGAAGAGAGAAGCCCCCUGUUUUUUUAAAAAAAUAAGAACUCGCUCCGUCUCUGAACAACGCGGCUGUGAUUUUUGGACCAAGCCGUGUUGUCGUGUCCCCCCCCAACACACACCUCCCGCUCCACAGCCUCUAGCAGAAAGACAAUCGGACAGCAGCCGCCUCCUUCCCGCCCCCGCCUGCAUGCGUGUGAGCUGACAGCGGAACACAACUCGGGACGGCGACGGGAGGGGCUGGGGGGGGCUGGGAUUUUUUGUUGGUUGGUUUGAUUGGUUUUUCUACAAAAAUAAAUGAGAUCUGUGAACUCGAAGGAAAAACUCACGGAUGCCGACUGAGGACUUGGCUACGUCCCCUCUUCCGCCACGUUUGCUGUUUUGGAGGGUUUCUUUUAUUUUUUGUUCCCCAGUGUGUUUGGUUUUGGGGGUAUUUUUGUUGCUUGAUUAUUAUUUUUUUUUUCGGAGAGCCAAAUAUAUAUAUAUUAAAAACUCCGCCAGUGGAUGGAGACACACCUAUUGCCUGCUUAUAUAAACAAAUGAGAAGACCCCACCCUGCCCCAUCCCAGCCAUGAGUUCACUACACCACAGUCUAGCAUCCACCGGCUGCUCUGGGCAGAUUUUUUAAUUCUUUUUUUGGCAGGGGCGUGGGGAGAUGGGGAGCGUCCCCCACUCCCAAAGCAUCAGCGUGCACCGAAAUCCCAGCCAGAAGAGUGAACAGCGUCGCCCCGCCUGAUCUCCACCCCGGGUUGGCCUCUCCGCCUCUCUUCUCCUCCAGUCCCCCUUCCCCGCAACUUUCUUCUUCUCUCCCACUCUGUUUGGCAGCAGAGAUGCCCCCAGUCUCUCCUCUGUUUGGAAGCAGAGGGAUGUCUAUUUUUUUUUUCUGCACAAAACCAGCAAUUGUAUAUACUUUUGAAGAAAAGAAAAAUGUAAAAAAAAAAAAAAAAAAAAUAUCAAAAACAAAAAACCCACACACACGGAAAAAAAAUUAAAAAUAAAUAAUCCCAAAAAAAAGUUGAGAGGCAAAUAUGCAGGAGAAAGAAGCAAAAACCCACCAGUAUGCACUGAGAAAAUUUAUUUACAGAUCGAUCGACAAAAAAAAAAAGUAACAAUAACCUAUUUAUUGUAUAUACUGUUUUAUUAUAAAUCGUGUCUUGUAUAUUGCAUUCUGUACAUCUGCUGUGGUUUGUGAUGUGCAAAUUCCGCAUGGUUUCAUUGGGUUUCAGUUGCCUUUUUUAUGACAAUGACGACGACUUUCGUUUUAUUUUUAUUAUUAUUAAUAAUAAUUUUUUUGGCAGGACACACCCAAAGAUCCAA